GUGAGUGAGUGAGUGUGCGUUCAAAGACACCAGUGAUGUUUCCAUGCAGGCGGUGCUCAGUCGCACCUUUCCCUCAGCUUGGCUAACUGGCUAACAAGCCCUCAUGUUGCCAUUCCACCUGCUUCUUCUUUAGUGGUGUUUGCCUACCGAACACACGCAGUCAUCCGGGUGAUACUUUCUGUUUUUAAAUCUCUUGGGAAUCUUCCGGGUUUUUUUUUUUUUAUUGGAGUGAUUUCGGGUUUCGUUUGGUACUAGCUGGGCAGCUGGGCAGCUGGGCAGCUGGACUCCCCCUCUUCCGCCAACUUUGCACUCAAAAUCAAAAUCCUGUGAGGUUAUUGGUGUGAAUGGGGUUGGAAUGCUGCAGGAUUAUCAUCCGACCUUUAAUCAGAAGAGGCAAAUGUGCAGCCAGACCACUAAACCGCAUGCUUUCUGAACGCGUUGCUGCUCUAAAAUGCCUUUGAGGCUAAAAUGUCUACAAUAAAGCAUGUUGUCCUGAAGGACAAUGAGCAGGAUGCUGAAAGAAAGAUGGACUGGGGUUACAUUGAAUGGAUGGAAAAUGAAGUUGCCCCAUCAGGUGUGGUAAAUGCAGAGACACAAACAGACGGCGGCGGGCCUUCUGAACACAAGGAGUGUCAAACCAGCAACCCGGUGAUAAUGCACAUUGAACUUACACGGACACGCUCCAAAUUGAGGCAUUCACCCUUGCUUGAUAAUGAUGGAAUGGUAGCGCCUUUUUUCCAGUUUGACCGGCAGGCUCCCGGUCGCAUCUCCACCUCUCCUACUUUGAGGAGGAUUAGGAGCACCCGGCGUCCCGUGUUGGACUGCUGGGAUCCUGCUGGGAUGGGGAGCACACAGGAAGACCCCUCAAAACCAAUCUCGUCAUCACCUUUACACAGAGUAAAGUCUCCUCUUGCAAUGAGCCCCCUCCUCUCCGAUGGGGGAAUCUGUCAUGAACAUCCGCCAAUUUCAUCCUUUGGCCCAGAGAGAACCAGAUCACAUAGAUCAAAGACGUUUGACAAUGGUACCGCUUCCAUAAAGCCAGAAUGUCGCAGUGCUCAUCCUACGAUUAUGAAAGAGUUUGGAUUUCCUGAUGGUGAAUUACAGGAGAGGGACCAUCGUCCUAACAGUCUACAGGAAAGAAGGCGGAGCUCUGUAGUGGUCAGCUUGCCUGGGUUGGAUGUUUCGCCAGGUGACUUGUUUGUAUCCAAUGGAGCGGCUGAUAUGUUAAACAACUCUAACUUCUCUGACACAAAGAAGUCAAAGUGGCCUUUCUCAAGGCGUAGCACGACUAAAGGGAAGUCUCAAAACGGCACGGUGUCAGAUAUUGAAAAAUAUCUCACCACAGCACAAAUUCAGGACUGGAGAAACUGUGACCUUCAUAAGUAUAAGGACUACUCCCUAGCAGAGUUCUUGCAGGACCAGUCCUCCCAGUGGAGCUGCACCUCUGACUCUAUGGCUUCCAAGAGACAAGAGGCCAUCUGGGAGCUCUUCACCAGCGAGUGUGUUUACUUCCUGGAUCAGCUUAUGGUUCUCAAAGAGGUGUUUUUGGCAACACUCUCAAACCUUCAGAUGAGGAAGUGCUUGGCUGAUAUUGACUCCUGGGGACUGUUUGCAAAUCUCAGUGAGCUUUGCUUGGUGAGCUUUGGUUUCUUGAGUGACCUCUUGCGUGCUAUGAAGAACCCGUUGGACAUCAACGGUAGUGGCGGGUCCACUUUGGUGCAACUACUGAGCAAAGCUUUUCAGGAGAGCAUAUGCCACUGCCUGCAGAAGUACUGCCUCAACUACUCUACAGCUUUGAUUUAUCUGGACAGCCUGAAGCCCAGAGAGGACUUUGGAUCUUAUGUCAAGUGGUGUGAACGACAUGAGCAGUGUCGCCGGCUACAACUGCGCGACUUACUGGUGGCACCGUUGCAGAGGCUUACCCGGUACCCGCUGCUACUACGGAACAUCGCAAGACGGUUUCAGACAGAGGAGAAAGGAAGGGAUGAUGUGCAGGCUGUAGCGGAACAAGUAGACAUGUCUAUAUGUGACCUGGAAGGAAAGGUAAAGUGGUUAGACAACUAUCAGAAAGUCAAACAGCUGAGAGACGCUCUGGUGUGGCUUCCUGUGUGGGAGCGAGACAAACGAGCCAUUAUCCCAGAGAACCUCAAGCAUCUGCUGAAGGAUGUCACCCUUGAGAAUCUGAUUUCUCACAGAAGUCUGCUGCAUGACGGCAAACUGGUGCGCGCAGAGAACUCAAAGCUCAUCGAUGUCUAUCUGUUCCUCUUCGAUGAGUUCCUGCUCAUCACCAAGCUAAAGAGGAACAAGAAGAGGUCCAUCGGUCCAGAACAGAAUCCCCUGAGGCUGCCACAGAACCAGGAACUGGAUCAGCUGCUGAAGGAAGGAUGCACCUUCACGGUUCUUGACCAGCCCGUUUCUUUGGACCGUCUCCAGCUCAGGAACAUUGAUCAGCUCAAUGCAUCAACGUCAGGGCUUCCUCAUUCCUUCAUAAUAAUGCACCGGAACCGCUACCAGCAGUGCAUCGGUGCUUUCAUCCUACAGGCUAGCUCAGAGGCUUCCAAGAGAGCGUGGAUUUCCAAGAUCGAGGACGCGGUGUCGAGCCUGCUGGAGCUGGACUCUCAGCAGCCUCGAGCCAACAGCGCCUCCCUGUGGUUGGAGUCUUCACAGAUCUGAGCCCGGCCUCCCUCACUAGUGGAAGAUGCACAACUUAACCUUCCUCACACGUCUCGACAAUGACUCCCCGAGCACUACACAGGUAGUUGUCGUUGAAGGGCUCUGCUACUCCUCUAGUGCGCUAUUAAAGAUCUGCUCAUUCAGGACAAA